GAUUUUUUCUGAGCCAGCCUGCAUCAAACGGUCUCACUCUCUCACUCUGCCCGCCAUUCCUAAAUCAAAAUCACCCUCCCCAUGGGCGGCCCUUGUCUUUCACAAAUACCACACUUCAUCAGAUUCCUCCUCUCUCUCUCUCUACGCUCUCCCCUCGCCCACUUUACAGACGGCGGAUUCUCUCUCAAUCUCUCUCUCUCUCUCUCUCUCUCUCUCUCUCUCUCUGCAUGCAUUUGAAAGCAUCCCUGUGAAAACCCAAAACCCUUUCCCCCUCCACUGAGCAAUGGAGCCAGAAGCAACACCACCCCAACCCCCAUCUUCUUCUUCGCCCUCUUCAACCGAACCCCCUCUUCCUUCCUCGAACCCAAAUCCAACCCAAAUUCAAAUCCAAUCCCAAAUCCACUCCCAAACCCAAGCCCAAAUCCAAAUCCAAUCUCAAACCCAACAACCCCAAACUAGCAAUAUAUCUCUAAACCCACCUCCAAAUUUAGCAGCCUCUGAUAAUCCCCAGCAAAGGCCUGCUUUGCCUCUAAAUUCAAAGAGGCAACCGCCCUCUUUCCCCCCAUUUCCUCAGCAUGUCUCUGCUAAUUCUGGCGGGCCUUUGGGCGGGCCUUUACCGAGAGGAGGGCUCAUGGCUCUUGGGGUACCAGCUCAUAGGCCACCACCUCCAGUUGGUGCUUUAAUGCCGAGUGGAUCUUUUGGGCCAGCCUCGUCUUCUUUCGGGCACCAUUCACAGUCUCAGCAGGUUGGGUUGCAGAGAGGUGCCGUUGUGGGUCAGGGCCCGGGCCCUAGUGGAGGUCCAAGUGAGCAGGGCUCUGGUUUGAACUCUCAGGGAAGGCAGCCAUUAAAUUUUAGCAUUACGAAUUCACUUGGCUCUGGAUCACAGUUUAGACCUGGAAAUGUGGCCAUGCACCAUCAACAGAGGCCACCUGUGACAUCAAUAAGAUCAAUAACUUCUUCACAUAACCAAUCUUUGUCCCCCCAGAAGUUCCAGGGUCCGAACAUGUCAAGAGGCCCAUCAAUGGGCUCAGGCAGUUCUCAAUCCCCCGCAGCUCCCCAGGGUUCUCAUUCCCAUCAACAAUCAAUGCAAUGGAUGACAACUCAAGGAAAACAAAUGCUCCCACCUCCUUCUAUACCCUCUCCAUCUUAUCGUCCACAAAUGAAGCCCCAAAGCUUGCAACAAAGGUCCCAACACCCUCAACAAAACCAACAGUCCACACCCCACCAACAAAAUCUGCCACCACCUCACCACUAUUCCCCACAAAUACCUGCACCAGAGCACUUCACUCAACAGUAUCAGCAAUCAAGAAUGCAACAUCAACAGCCUGCACCAAGAUCACUGGCAUCGACUCAAAAGCCUUCAACACCCAUAGCAUUGCAAGGAGGAGGGGCCCAAGCUGGUUCACUUUCUCAAAUGGGUGUUUCGGAAGUGGUGGAAACGAGUAAUCACAUACUGAGCAAGCGGAGCAUACAAGAGUUAGUUGCACAGAUCGAUGCUUCUGAAAAACUGGAUCCUGAACUUGAAGAUAUUCUUGUGGAGAUAGCUGAGGAUUUUCUUGAAUCUACUGUCACAUCUGCUUGUUCCCUGGCGAAGCAUCGGAACUCAACUAAAUUAGAAGCCAAGGAUAUAAUUUUACAUUUAGAAAGGAACUGGAAUAUGACACUUCCUGGAUUUGGUAUAGAUGAGAUUAAAAGCUACAAGAAGCCGCCCGUGAAUGAUCAGCACAGGCAACGGCUUGCAGCACUGCGCAAUCAUCAGGCUAGCAGCGUCAGAGGAUUCUCCAGUCUUCCAUGUGUAAAGCCUCGUCAAUGCAGUGACAUCGCGAGGGUGGUUGUGGUUUUCAUCUUCCUCACUCUCUGGGUCCAACAUGAUAUGGUGAAGAAGGCAAUGUUAACUAAUCAGGCAGGCGGAGAUGCUAACAACCCGAAGAGCUCUGCAGGCCAAGGUGGUGGAAGUGCGAAUGCGAGAGCCCAGUUGACAAAGGUGGUUCCGACUGGCUCCCCAAAGCCAUGAGAUCUCCAUUGGGAAACUCAAAACAAGACGAUAUGGGUAAAAAACACACACACUCUCUCUCUUUCUUCGAGAUGUUAUGGGAUCUCUCUCUCAACGAAUAAAAAUUGGCGACCACAUUCUUAACAAAUAUGAAUGCUCAAGCGAGCUUGUGUUGUAUUCAGUUUGGUGUGAGAAGACCCCACACUAACAAUAACAAGAAAAAUAGGAAGAAAGAAGCAAAGGUUAAGACUUUUGUCUCGUACCAUAUAGGGCUUAAAAAAUACUCUUAACAUCAUGAAGACCUGAACCUGCAAAAUUACAAGGGAAGAGUAUGCAUGAACCACCUUUACCUAUAGAAUUGGAAAACCCCAAUAUUCUGCAACACCGGAGUGGGCAAGAAGUGUCCAUGUUACAGAGAGAGGGAUAUAAUAUGAGAUAUUUACCGACCCCAACUAUCUGUGGACAAGUGUGUGUUAGAGAGAGAGAGACUAUUGUGACGAUGUAAUUUGCCAAAAAGAAUGAUGUAAUAAAAUUGUUUGAUGAUUUCUAA